CAAUUAUUUCAUAAAACAUUUAGUCGUGUGAACCGGGUUUUACUGUUGUAGUAUCGUUUUUAAUUAAAUACGGUAAUUACUAAAUUCAUCCAUUUUUCCCCAACCAUAGACAUGGGAACACUGGAUUACGCAUUGGAAUCUGAGAUCAUAUAAAAUAUUAAAUAAUUAAUAGUACAUGAUCUAAGUAUCUAAGAGUAGAAUAGACCCCUUGAAACCAUUUAUACGGAUGUACUGAUAUCAAAUACUAUAAAUUGAGUUUAUUUUAUUUGUUGACAUCGACUCAAAACAUCGUUGAAUCCCACGACUUGAAAACGUUCAAAUUCUUGUUUCAGUUUUGUCUGGUGAGUGUACCAUUCCGUUUAAGUUCCUUUGUAGCCUAUGAUCUCUCACAUGCUCUUAUUAUUUUACAUAACCUAUCGGCAAUGACAAAAUAAAUUUAUUUUGUCAUAUCGUCAACGUUCUCUACAGUUACGUCGAUUAUUCCUGUAGUUGUCGAUAUAUUGUUGUUUGUUAUUGACUCUUCAAAGUCAAAACUUUAUAUUAAGAAUUUCGCCACAUUAUUUCCUUAGUUCUGACGUAGUCAACGAGUUUUCAAACUCUGCGGUACUUUAAUAUGUACUAAUUUGGCAUACUCGAAAGACGACAAUAUUAGCUGCUUCGUUUAAUAUAAGUAGGUCUUUACUCCUGGCCAUGAGAGAAUGCAAUUGAACGACUAAAAUUCGUCCGUUUUCGUGCAUUCGCAGUGGUUUCUCUAACUGCCUACCGGUUACCGCGUGAUGGAAGAAUUUUACUGCAAGACAGAGUUCGUUUAUUAGGAUGCUCGAGUGAUUCUUUCAUGGGCCGGAUUAUAGUCAUUUUUUAAUUUUUCAUGCAAUUGAUAAAUCGUAUAUAUAGUAGAUAUAGUGGGUAAUUGUACAAAAUCUCCAUAAAACAAACAUUUUCCCGAUCAAACUAUCAAACUUGGUCCAUUCAUUGAAAGCGAGUGGACAAAAUUUUACCGUUUGUUGGUUACACUGUAAAUAUUUAAUUAUCAACAUUUUUAGUUUUUACUGAUUACAGAUAAAAUAGAAAUUAAUUUCAAUAUACAAUACAGGAAUAUAAACAAUGAAAGCAUUCAGAUUCAGAAGUUUAUAAUCAUAUUUGUUUAUUCAUAUUUCAAAGUUUAUUAGUGAUAAAAUUUUUAAUAAAUAAUUUACGAUGACGAUGAUAAUUAUAAUAAAUUAAAAUUCAUGAUAUUUAAAUAAAUACAAAAAAAACAAGUAAUGUAUAAUAUGUAUUAAAGGUGCAUGCGAGUGAACCAUUUUUGCAAAGUAAUUUUUUUUUUUACUGUACAAAUAAUAAUAUUAUUUAAUGUUUUGUGAAUCAUUGGUGUUUCUAUUAAUAUAUUGAUUGGUUUAAUAACAGACGUGUUAAGGCUCCCGUAAACAAUCAAAUUUGUUUGAUAAUCAUGUUUGUCAAAAUUGGUGUUUUUAUCAAACAAUAGCGCAAACUAUCAAACUAAAGAUUAAGCAAAUUUGUCAAACGCUCUCGUAGUUUCGGGUUUCUCCUUACCGCGAAGUCUUGUUAUUUAAUAUUUAUUUAUAUAAUCACACUGGUGUUCUCCAUGGUGUCAAGACGAUAACUGGGAUCUUAUUUGACAUAGACUGUUACAUACUAUCAAACAGGUUUGUCAAACACGUCGUCAAUCAAAAUUUCCAUCAAACACUUCAAAUAUUUAUAUUGUUUGACAAACACAUCAAACAAGAUUGCAAACUAUCAACAAAUUUGACAAAUAAUUUGAUUGUCUACAGGGCACUUUACUCAUUUGUGAAGUUUUAAUAAACAUUCAAAUAUGUAGAUUUUGAGUUUGAAUUAGUGUUUUAAAUCAUUCUGCUAUUUCUGCUAUAACCUUUUUCUUUUUCUAGUUUUUCUUUUAGUUUCUAUUUUGUAGGUAUUAUAUAUCGAUAUAUUGUAUGACCUAACAGAAAUUCUUAAAUAUUUAACAUAAGGUUCAUAGUGAACUUUUAACUACCGAGUAGUAUAUUGAUGAGUGGUACUAGUAGCUAAAAAUAAAAACUUUCUCAUGUAGUAGUUUUUUUUUAUAUAAGUGUGUUAAGAUUAAUAACUUACAUAUUAUGGGAACUCACAUCUUCUAUAACCUAACUACUCUCAGAAAAACGUUUUUGGUAGCAAUGGUUUAUCAUUGCUUACACAUAUAAAUUAAUUAAUUGUGUAUCCUACCUUGCAAACUUUUUAAUUUUAAGUUAUUCUUGGGUGUUAUAUUUUGAUUUUAUUUUUUCAGAAAUAUGAAUCAUUUUACGAAAUGUUGUGUUAAGACCUGCAUUAAUAAAGCAUCAAGUACUGAUGACGUUGUACGAUUCCAUAGGUAUGUAAAUUAUUGCCCAUUACCUAUUUAAUAUAUAAAAUAUUUACCAAAAAAAAAAAUUAAUUGAAUAUUCUUUUAAUAUAAUACUGUAUAUUAGGGGAGAAUUUAUAUCCUUACUCUCUUGUAGAACAAGGUACCAAUAUAUUAUUAUUAAAAAUAAUAGCACGUUUUAGAUUCUAAGCGGAGCAAGGAAUUUUAGUUUUUCAAUGAUGUUUAUUUAUUAAUUUUUUUCUGAAAGAUAAUCUGACUGGGGAGGUACUUAAGUGAGAUCAUUUUUUGAUUUUCCCCAAGAAAUUUUACCAAUAAAUGGAAAAAACAUGGGAACAACAGGAAAAUAGGUUCAAUAUUAAACAAGUAUUAUUUAAGAAUAUCUAUAAUGCCUGUAUAAUUUUUUUUUUCGAAUAUCACGUGUAAUAUACAUUUUUAUUUUAAGGUUACCAGUCAAUAACCGUCAGUUACUUCAGGCUUGGAUAAAAGCUAUUGAUUUUGAUGAAACUUUGGUUCCAGCUUAUUACUCUGCAGUAUGUAGCGUACAUUUUAGAAAUGAUGAUUAUGUUAUUGAAAAUGGAAUUGCUGAGCUUAGUCCAACUGCAGUUCCAUCAAAUUUUAUUAGAGAAUCAGUAUUUAUUAAAGAAGAAUUAUACGAAUCUGCAAAUGCUGCCGAUAGAAAUAAUGAAAUGGAUAAUAGCAACCUAAUAAUUACUGGUUAUCAAUCUAUGAUAGGAGAAGAAGAACAACAUAAUCUUUCAGGUUCUCCUGUAAUUAUGUCUGUUUGUGGAUCAUUCCAAGAAACAUUCCCUAAUUUGGAAUUAAAUAUUGACAACUUAAAUUGCAAUCAAGAACCACUAUACAAUGAUGGAUUGAAUAAUGAAUACCAAUAUAAAUCUUCUUAUGGUCAAUUAUUUACUAAAACCAAUGGUAAUAACAAUGCUCCCAUCAGCAGUUGUAUAAUACCAAUAGAUGCAGUUAAUAGAUUAAUAUCUAGUAGUAGUCAACAUACAUUUAAUUCAAAACAGCUUGAUAUUUCAAAUGAAAAUGAAAUUUACCCAGGUUCUUUGUGGAUUCUAAAUAAUCCACGGCAAGCAAAGUAUAAAGAGCACUUGCCUGCUAAAUUUCAUAAAAAAUUAGAAUAUCUAGCUCAAGAAAAUAGAAGGUUGUUUGCAAAGUGUAAGACUUUGAUGACUUCGAAACGAAUAUUAUUAGAUACCGAAACAAAGUACCUACAACUGAAAAAUAAAGUUCUUGAGACAGAAGAGAUAUUAUUGGAAAAAGGCUUAAACACGUCAGAAUUAUCAGUCUUUCGGUUAGCUAAGGACACCAUUGAAAUACCUAAAGAUGUUGAACAUCAAGUAUUAUUAGAAUGCAAAUUGGCUGAAGUAAAUAAUCAAUUGUAUAAUAAUUCUGCAUCACAGUCUACCAGAUUAUUUACAGAAAUAGAACCACCAACUGACAAUGGAAAUUCCAUGUCAGAAAUUCAUAAUUUGGUAACUAAGUAGGUAUUUAUUAUAAAUAAUUGUACUAAGUAAUCUAUGUACUAGAUAAUAUGUUGCAAAUUUUAAAUGAACAAUUUUUUAAAUUUGAAUUUAUGUACUGUAUAAGACUGAGUUUUAUUAUGAACCAACAACAAUAAUAUUUAAUAAAAAUAAUAGGAGUCAUUUUGUUAAAACUAGGUUUACGCUGCCUAAUGGAUAUUUUAUAAAUCAUUAGUUUUUAGGCCAAAUAAAUACAUAUUAAAAAUACAUUUAAUACAAAUAUAUAUUUUUUUAAUUAUUUAGAUACAUUAAUUUUUUUAAUAAUUUCAAAAACAAACAAAUGUAGGGUAAUAAUGCUUUCAUUUUUUGCGAUUUUUUUUAAUUUUGUUUUUCUACCGGGUUUUGCUUUAAAUUUCAACAAAAGUAUAUCUUCUAAAACAAAAUUUGAACUAAAUGGUGCAUUGUAAAGAGGUUAUUUUUAGGUUUUGAAAAUAAUUGAAAAGAUUUGAAAUUUUUACUUAUUUUUUACAUGUAUUUUCUAGACGAAUUGAAAUUGUCAAAACAUUCUGGCAUUUAUUGUGUUAUUUAUGGGUUUUUGUAAUUUUUGCACUUUUUAGUUUUUCUUUGGUUGUAUAUAGAUUAAAUUGUUUUGGGCUAGCAGAAAUGUUUUGAAAAUUUUACUCAAUGUUCAUCAUAAGUUAGACCUAGUGUGCAUAAAAGUUGAGCUUUAUGUAUUAGUUUUGUAUAAGCAAUUUUCAAGUUCAAAUUUUAACAAAAAUUUCAAUAAUCGUGGUAUUUAAAAAAAUAGAACAGUAUUUUCACUUAUAGUAAGUAGAAAUAGUUAGUACUUAUUUUGUUAGCAAUAAUUUUUAGUUUUGUAGAAGAAUUUAAAUUAAAUAAAGUAGUUAUUUUUACUUAGAAUUAUUCAGAAGGUAGGUUAUUGUGAAUAUUUGGACCAGUUUAUAGAAAAGAAGAUUGAGUAAUUUGUUUAAAAACAUUAGGGGUGAUAAUAUUAUUCAAUUUACCUUUUGGUGAUAAGUAUUUGAGAAAUGAGUUUGAUUAAAUUGUUUUUUACUUAAGUUACUGUUUUUUUUUUUACUGUUAGAAUAUUUAAUUCCUCAUAUAAGUUAUUAUCAUGAAAGUCACAGGUUUUGUUUAAUAUUAUUCGUAGUAUAUUAUUUUGUGUAAUUUGUAAUAUGUUAAGAUUAUUUUUAUUUGCUGCAUGCACCCCAUGCAAUUAUGCCAUAGAUUAGAGUUGAUUCUAUUAGUGCCUUGUAUACUAUUUUACUUUGAUUUUUGUUUUAAAUAGAUCUAAUUUGUUUAAAAGCAUAUAAGAGUUUUCUUUUUAUUGUAGUCCGUGAGUUUAAAUGUUUUAUCCAUUUUUCAUUAGACAUUUCUAUAAUUUAAUAUUUAAUAUUGAAAUUUAUUUUUAAUAUUUAGCAGAAGCAUGAGUUAAGGGUAGUACAAUAGUAUUAAAUGUAAUAAAAUGUGUUCAAUAUUUGGAAUCUAUGUUGAUUAGUUAAUGUGGUAAAAUAAUUUUUUUUUUACAUUUCAAAAUAAGCUAUUUUUUAAAAGCCUCAAUAGUAUAUAUUUAAUAUCAGUCUGGAUUUUGUGAAAAACUUCUUCCCAAGUGUCACCUGCCAUCUGUAUAGCAAACAAGUUCUCCAUUUAGUGUUAAUGAUGUGAUGUGAUUUAUAUGUACAUUAAAUAGAAGAGGAGAUUGUGCAUUAUUUUUAGGGAGUUAUAACAAAUUUAAUAAUAACACCAUAAUAUUUUCUUUUCAAGUUUGGUGUAAUUUAAUGUUACUGUACUAUUAUUAUUAGUUAUUAUGUAUUAAAGGACAUUAAUAGUUUGUUAAUAUUAUUAUUAUUUUACUGAUUUUUUUCUCUUAAAUAAAUUUAAUUAUAUCAAAUGUAUUGUUUAUAAAAUAUUGUAAUUGGGUUCAGUCCAUUUUAAUAUAUAAAUAGAUAAUUAAUUUAAAUAUUUUGUAUAUAUUAAUUAUUUACAUGUUACACAAAAUUGACCCAUUCAAAUUUAUUAUAUUAUUAAAUUACGAUACAUCAAUAUUUAAUUAUAACAUACAAUAUUAUUUUACUCAAUUAUGGCAUAGACUAAUACAAUAAAUAGGUAUACAAUAUUUUUAUUUGUUAAAGUGGUCACAUUGAAAGUACAAUGUUAUCGGUGCAUUUUCUUAAAUUCAUGGCCACCCUUUGAUGAUUUAUUAUUAAUGUGAUAUGUGUUCUAAAUAGUAUAAACAAUGUUUGAUAUUAUUUUUAAUUUGACUUAAAACUAUAUAUAAAAUGAAAAGUAUUAUAAGUAUGUUGAUAAAAAA